CAAGUCAUUGUAGAUAGUAUACAAGUUCUCAGACUCAAUUUUCUAGUCUGCAGUGUCACCAACCAGCUGCUAGUUCGGGUACCAGGGUGACAGAGUAACUGUUUUAUAAGAAAUACAUCGCUGCAGAAAACUGGAGUGAAGAUGAAUUUAUAUUGUGAUAUUUCCGUGCUAUUUUUGGCCUUUGUGAUUAACGAGGUUGCCUGCCGCGGCGUUGUUAUCAAUCACGAAGAAUCAGAAAAAAAUAUUACAGAGUCAACCAGAUGGAUUUUCGAAGAACGAAAUCCAAACCAAUUACCACCGGUAGAACCUGAGCUUUCGACGCGAGAUGAUUCAAUCGUAGAGGCGAUGUGUCUGAAAUUUAGAUACCCGGUGAAAACCAAACUAGAAUUUUCAACGGGUGAAGUAACCCCCGGCGCGUACCGCACCCCGGGUCAUAACGAUCGCGACCGAAUACAACCAGCGACGAGAUUUCGCCGGGAUCGUGAUAAGAAACUGUCAACUUCGAAUCGAGGUGGAGAAUCAUCGGCGAAAGAUUACAUGAGUACCUAUUACGCACAGAGAAAAUUAAUCAUGGAAAAAUACAAGUCGCAGCAGAGAGAAAACUUGGAGAAGCUCAACAGAACGAAAAGUUUGAUCGCAGCUUCAAAAAAGCUUCGGGACUCGAAGAAGGUAACCGCAGCAGGAAUCCCAGAUUCUCAUACGACCGUUCUCGAUGACAUGGUAACUACCGCGAAUUCAGCGGGAAGAAACAUGACUUUGGCUCCUUCGAGAACUCCUUCCACUUUCGAUAGAUUUGGGAACAUUCGGGCAACGACGCCGACCGAUUUGACGUCGCAGAACGAAGAUAACAUCGAUUCGACUGAACCGACUUGGGUGGUUCGAAAUCGCGAUAAUGACACAUGGGAUAGCUAUCUUGGACACCAGUCUUCGGACUAUCGGAGGAAAAACGAUACUGACCUCAAUCACUUGGAGGAUAUAUUCUUCUGGGACGUUCGUAGCCAAGACGGAAGGCUACCGAGAUCGACCGAUACUCCCACGAAGGAAGUUGAAAAUUCUAUAAGCAAUUCGAAUAACGUUUCGAUCGGUGUUCGUUCCGACAGUCGGGCAUCGAUCGGUUUUCCAGGUUCAGCAGUGGAGACGCAAAGUUCGCCAAAAGUACACGUAACCAAGAAUUUAAAGAAUGUACAAACGAGCACGACGAUGUACAGAAAUUCGACUCACGAAAUCGUCCAAGUCGGCGAUGUGGUGACUUCUUCCAAAAACAUCACGAACGUUCCGUACGACGUCGACGAGUAUUCUAAUAAUAAUUACGAUAAUUCUGCAAACCCUACGAUCACCGCCCCACUGGCGGAAACAGCAGGUGGUGCGAGAGAGUCGGAAUGGUGCGAAGAAUGUUCACAUGAUUACAAAUGGGGGAAUUGCGAAGGGACGUUAUUCUAUCAGCACAAUAUAUUUCUAAGAAACAGAGGUCCUUCAGCGAUCGAUGCAAUUUUUGGAAUGGACGUUCAAGGCCCUGUUUACAUAACUUGCGUCGAAGCUUUUCGUUACAAUCGAACACGAGGAAUCGUUACUCUUCAUUCCGGCGGUCCAGCUAACGAUUUCGCUCAAUUGCGUAUCAGGGGAUUUCAAGGGGAAGGUAUUUCUUACAUCAUGAAGGUGUGGGGAGUCAGUAGCGGAGACUUGGACGAAGUGACUACUACCUCUUAUCCCCAAAAAUAAUGAGACUUACAAGAAAACACGCGAAAUACGUGAUAAUAACACUUGAUUAGUUUACAAAACAAAAAAAAAAAAUGAGAAAAAAAAUAUAAAUGAUCGAUGUACUGUAUAUGUUAUGCAUGUAUAGCAUUAAAGGUUGCGGUGGUAUCCCUCUGA